GGCGUAUUUGAUCCGACCCACGCCUCUUCCAGAGAGUUCCUUAUCUCUUCUCCAUGGCUUCACUUCUCUUUCGUUCACCUCCGCCCUUGGCAGCCCGGCCGAGGCUCGUUGCUGCGACAAGCCGCACGCUGCUGCUGCUCUUCGGUCCUUUGCGCACCUCGUUUCUCCGUGAAUCCAAAUGGCUGCCGUUGUUUCGUAGCCGCGACAGCAGGAGACCUCUCUCGACUGCCAUUACCACCACCUGCUUCUGUAACGCCGAUGACAAGUUGAAGUCCGCAUCUUCUGAUGACUAUCAGGAUUCAAAUGUGAAAUGGCUCGUCCUUCGUAGGUGGGAUGUGCCAUGGAGUUGGCAAACUAUCACGCUUACAAUGAUGGCAUGCGGACUAAGCUUUGUCCUUACAGGGUUAGUGGAGGCAUCACUAUUGCCAUAUCUUGGUUUCCAAGGCAGGGAAGUUAGUUUGGAUGAGAAAGCAGAACUUUUGUUUGCUGGGCAAUUCUCUGUGACAGCAGUUGUGCUAGGGGUGAUGUAUGGUAUCACCAAGAGCUUUGAGCCACUUCCAGAUGAUCUGUUUUGUUAUGAUCUCAGGAGACCAUUUGAACUACGGGAUGGUUGGCUCCUGUGGGCAGGAAUCGGUUUCAUUGGUGCACUACUUGCUAUUGCUCUAACAGGAGUUGCCUUGAAUGCCUUUCAUGGUGAAAAUCCACAACGAGAGACUGAUGCUUUAGUUCGCUUGUUGCCAUUGAUUGGCUCUUCAGGUAUCAGCACUGCAUGUCUGGUGGGUAUAACUGGUGUUUUAGCCCCAGUUCUUGAGGAGACUAUCUUCCGGGGAUUUCUCAUGGCAUCUCUAACUAAAUAUCUGCCAACACCAGUUUCUGUGAUUAUAAGUGCUGCAACAUUCGCUCUCGCUCAUCUAACUCCUGGAGAAUUUCCUCAGCUGUUCAUUUUAGGGGUGGCUUUAGGUUUUUCAUAUGCUCAAACUCAUAAUCUACUAACGCCGAUCACAAUUCAUGCAAUCUGGAACUCGGGGGUGAUCUUAUUGCUUACAUUUCUUCAGCUUCAAGGAUACGAUAUACGGGAAUUGCUACAAGCACCUUGAAACACUGCCUUUUUGUAAUGCUUUGGGCGUUUAAAUUGUAAGUAUAGUGAGGAGUUAGGUACCCUAAUUUGCUGAACACUAGCAAGCAAUCCCAAAGAACAUAUAAUUUGUAAAGCAGUGUACAGUCAUGGCUUUUUUCAAUCAUUUGUGAUACCAUCAACUGAAUGCGAAAA